AUGGCCUCCCACCGCGCCGCCGUCCUCCACGACAAGGACUAUGUCGAGCCCAACCCUCUGCCGAAGAGCGUGCCCCACGUGGACGAGGUCGGCACAACCUCGGCGCCGUUGAAGAGCGCGAGUUUCUUUAUCGGACAACAUUGCAAGGAAGUCAAUGAGGACUUUAUGCUUUGCAAGCAGGAGAACAGGGAUCCGGCGCAUUGUCUCUCGGAAGGAAGAAAGGUCACGCGGUGCGCGCAAGAGGUGAUUGGAAAGCUAAGAGAGAACUGCCUGGCCGAGUUUGAUGCUCACUGGUCUUGCUUGGAGAAGAACAACCAGCAUUUCCAAGCAUGCCGGAAACCCGAAAAGGUUUUCAACACAUGCGUCUUUACCAAGCUCAAUCUCUCCAAAAACAUUCCCGGAUCACCAGAAGGACAACCACAAAUUCACGAAAAGGCAAACCCCAUCUACACCCGUGUACAGAAAUAG